AUGUCCAAGUUCUUCAUUCUCGUCAAAAAUCGCAUAAAGAAUCGGGCCUUGGGUAAUUUCAAAGAGAUGAAAUUGGUUUUGAUCAAUUCUCCCGGCUUGACUCAGUUCUCGGUUCUUUCUGCUCCGUGUUUGAGAUCAAGCUUGUACUCCACAUCCAGGCAAUUGCGUAUUCACUCGGAUAAUAGAUUGUCCAUUCUUGGUGCUGCCAUUCUUUUCGACUCCUCCUCAAAUCUCAAAUUAAAGAUGGCGUCUCGAAGCAACAAAGGCGUAAUCCUUGCUGAAUUUCCGGGAUCCGGAUCUCCGCCUUCAUCAACAUUCCAAGUCAAGGAUCGCGAAAUCGACAUUGACAAUUAUGAAUUAAAUAUCAACGACAUCUUAUUACGAAACUUAUAUUUGAGCGUGGAUCCGGGUACGCGCAGUCUUAUGCAUCCAGAUAUCAAAUUAUCACACAUUGAAGGAUUUAAGUUGGGAGAAGUGUUGCGCGGUCCUGGUAUCGCCGAAGUGGUGAAGAGUAAUAACGAAAAGUAUGUUGUGGGUGAUGUGGUAUUCUCGAUGAUCGGCUGGGAAGAAUACACGCACAUUACCGCCAAGGCGACUGGUUUUGUGAAUGUGAUAUUGAGUGCAGCUCAACGUAAUGAACUAAACGAGGGACCCGAAUUCCCGUUGAGUUAUCAUCUCGGGGCCGCAGCUGGUGCAGUGGGCCAUAUCUUAGGGCAAAUCGCCAAAAUUAAUGGGCUCCGAGUAGUUGGAUCGGCGGGUGAUGAUGCAAAAGUAGAGUACCUGAUCAAGGAAUUAAAGUUUGAUGCGGCCUUCAAUUAUAAGAAGGUAGAUCUUGACCAGUAUGACGCUGCAGAACCAUAUGGAAUCAAGAAUCUGAACCAAGUUAUCAGGAAACGCGUGAAAAUUCAAGGAUUCAUCGUUGUGGAUUACUACAUGGAGUUGUACAAAGAGUUCCUCGACACGGUCGGCAAAUGGUUAAAGGAAGGACAGAUCAAGUGUCGGGAACACGUUACCAUCGGUGUUGAGAAUGCUCCGCAAGCGUUCGUGGGAAUGAUGAAAGGAGAAAAUUAUGGCAAAGCGAUAGUGAAAAUUGCCGAUUUGUGA